GAGAAAAUUUGAUAUCCGGUUGAAAGUAAAUUUUACAAAGAUUUGACGUUUUCUUCAAUAUUGUUCUCUCUUGUAACUUUUAACGAUUGACAAUGAUAUUUUCAAAUCAGCUACUACUGUAAAAUAGAUUGGUGUGCAAUUUAGAUGCAGAUAUAGAGUCACGUGUCCUUUGAAACAUUUUUCAGACUUGACACUUGAAUAGACAGAGAAUUGAACAAUAAAUCAUGGCAGAAUACUGGGUGUCUCAGGCAAAGAAGUUUUGUGAAUAUUGCAAAUGCUGGAUUGCUGAUAAUAAAGCUAGUGUAAACUUUCAUGAAGGUGGAAAGAAGCACAAGGAGAAUGUCACCCGGAAGCUUGCAGACAUUCGUAAGCAAGGUGCUAAAACGGCACAAAAGAAACAAGAAGACUCAGAUGCUUUUAAAGAAAUGGAGAGAGCAGCACUGGCAGCCUUCGAGAAAGAUCUCGCAUCAAAUCCUGAACUAGCUGCCCAAUACGGUGUUAAAGAAAAGCCAAAGAAAAAAGAAGAAGAGUUUAAGCCAUCAUAUGAGCCUCUACAAGGUCCGAGCCUGCCACCCCCUGGCUUUAAACCUGAGGUUGACCCCACAAUGUGGGAGGAAACUACGUCACCAGAGGGCCACACAUACUACUGGCAUACAGAAAGUGGAGAGACUACAUGGGAAAAGCCUGAGGGUUAUGUGUCACCCUCAGACAGACUGAAGCCUUCACCUGAAGAAAAGACCAAGGAAUCCAGUCAGAAUACUCAAAAAGCAGAGGAGGUGCCUACCCAUGAGAUUCCACUACCCCAAGAGAAGAAGCCCCCAGUGAAGCAUGCUACUAAAAGACCAGCCAGACCGCAGGCUUAUGGGCAAUGGGAGACUGUCACUUAUACUGAACCGGAGUAUGUUGAUUUGCAGUUACCAGUCACAAAGGAGAGUGAAGAAAUAGCAGCUCCGAUAGUUAUGCACUCGGAACCCAAAAAAAUGAAGUUCAAAGAAAAAACUGUUUCUUCUCUCAGUAAUGACUCUAGCUCAGGUGCAGUUUCUUUCAAAAAGCGAAAGUUUGGUGGCGCUCGCAGUUUAAAAACUCGGACAGAGGAUUCUUGAUAAGAUAUAAUAUUUAGGAUUUGCAUGACUGUCUGAAUGGUGAGAAUCAAACUAAUAAUGCAUUAAGAUGCAAAGUGUCACCACCUCCCAUUUGUUACA